AUGUCUUCCAAGUUCAUUUGUGCCAUUACCAAUGUCGAUUCUCUUGUUGGCUAUGCCGUAGCUCAUCGCUUCCUCCAGGAACAGCAGCAAGGUGGUGAGGGACACGAAAUCCGUCUUUUAUGUCGCAGCUCUGAGGGUCUUGAAGACCUCAAGCAAAAAGGUGCCAAGAUCUUUGAGGUCGACUACAGUGAUGAGAACAAGCUCCGCGAAGUUUUGAAGGAUGUCAGAGCCGUGCUCUAUGUCCCUGAGCACUCCAAGGAUUUCAAGUCUCAGGGUGAGAAUGUCUUGAAGAUUGCUCGUGACCAAAAGGUUAAAUGCCUUAUCAUGACCUCUAUUGUGAAUGUUGACAAGGUUUCUGAGACCCGUUCCGGUGAGAAGUUCCGUCGCUUGCAAGAAUUGCACCAGCUUGAACAGAAAGUUCAGGAGUAUGGUCGUGAACAACAGUGGACCAUCGUUCGUCUUACUAUCUUUACCCAGCUGUUCUUCUAUCUUGCACCAAUGAUCCAGAACCACAAUCGCCUUAGACUUCCCAUUGAGAAGAACUGCAAGUGGAGUGCCAUUGAUCUCCAGGAUGCCAUUGAUGGUAUCCAUGCCAUUACCGAAAAGCAUCGCAAGAACCAGGCCGUUGGUACCCAGCAGGUGUGGAGUUUCACCGCCUCCAAGACCUCAACUGGCGAAGAGGUAGCCAAGUCCAUCCAAAGGGAUCUUGAACUUGACAAAGAAGUUCAAUACGAGAAGGUUGACGAAAAUGAGUUCCGCAAGUACCUCCAGAAGAUCCGCGAUGACAAUAACUUCCAGGACCGUCCUUCUGAAGAUGCCCGCCGCAGAGGAAAUGCCGAUGAGCCUUACAACUUCCCCUUGGCCAGAUACUUGAACGAAGGUGCAAUUGAAUGUAUGAUCGAGGUCCUCCAAUUGGCCAAUGAGGGACGUGCCGAUACUGUGACCAACGACUUGAAGAACCUUAUUGGUCGCGAGCCCCAGGAUGUCCACAACUUUAUGCAGAACAACCGUGACCAGUUCCGUCGCCUCAAGUGA